UCAAUGUUGAUGGUUAUUGUUUGAGUAUAGCGCUAUCUGUGGAUCAACCAUUACUAUAAUGUUUUUCGGACAUGUUUGGGAACUCUGCAUACCACAUACCAUAAUAUAUUACUAACAGAACAUGGGAUUAAAAACAGAUAAUAUAAAUGUCAGAUAUCUAUACAAAUAAACGUCCUGUACUUGUGAUUAAAAUAUCACGUAUGAGAAUGAAUUGUUGAAUUGCUGAGUGCCGACAUAAUAUAGUGUUGAUUUUGUUUAAUAACCGAUUAGUGUCUUACUUUCUUGUAGACAUCUGUAUAAUAUAGUACUUAGGUGAUUUAACUUAAUCAAUUGUUUACAUAUUAACAACAGUUAUUAUUACCUACUAGCUACUAGUUUUACUUCAACAAACUGUAGUCUGUUCUCUGUACUUCUAUAAUACUGUCAAAUCACUUCUGUGGUCAAAUUGUCCAGAAACUCAAUGAUUUUUGUUAUGGUACUUUUUAUAGUAUAAAAGUAUAGUACUAUAAUUUUUCAAUUUAGAAUUAUCUAAAUCCUAAAGUAACAACUCACAAGUUGUGUUCAGUUUUGCUUUUUCCAAGUAAAAUACGCAAUACAUUUAUUCAAUUCUGUAUUAUUCGUUAUACCAUAUAACAGUAACCCCUUUUCUACGGAAAUAAUAUACUCGAUGGCCAAUACAUAAGUAGUCGGUGCCUUGUGAGUGUAGAUUAAUUAAUUUCUGCUAUCAAAAAAAAAAUUAAAAUGCCAUGUUGUGUGCCUCUGUGUCCGUCUAAUGCUCUAAAAGUUAGUUCAUUUGGAGUGCCCAAGAAUGAAACACUGAAGCUUGAGUGGGAAAGAGUUUUAGGUGUUAGAUUUAAACCAAAUUCCAAAGUAUGCCGCAGACACUUUAGAGAGGAAGAUGUUAUUGACACUUGGGAAUCUGGUCAAGGAUUUAGCAAAUACACGAUUGAUUUGAAAAGACCAUCUCUUCAAAAAGGUGCUAUUCCUAUACGCUCUGCAUCUUCUAUAUCAAAGGUACGAGUGAGUGAGGAUUCAAAGAGCUGUAAUCAUAUAGAUACUGUAUCGAAAAAAGGCAUUUCUUCAGAUUCUAAAUCCUCAAAAAUUUCUACUGAUCAUUGUUAUUUGGAUGAUGACAAUAAAUCUGGAAGUGAUACAACAAAUGAAACAAGGAGUACAAGUGUAUCUGGAGGAAUUGCAUCACCAUUAAAUGAUAUAAAUCCACCAAAAAGAAUUAAGAAAUGGCAUUAGAACGUUGGAUACAUUAACUACAAAAAAAAAAAGUUAUAUUUUCAUAAUUGAUACAAUACAGGAAUGUGUACUGGAAAACCAAUAAUUUUAUCAAAUGAUUUUUUCAACUUCUCUGGAAGUGUAUAAAAAAUGAUCUACAAUGAAGACAAACAAUAAAUAAUUAAGAAGUUUCAUAAAGAAAACGAUUCAGAUUCUAAUGAUUUUGGUUGUAUAUUAUAAUUAUUAUCCAUGUGUUUAAAUAUGAUAUAUAUUAUUUAUGUGUUCUUUUUUAUAUAAAUAUUUAUCUUAAAAAUGUAGAAUGUAGUAAUGAUUUUAAGUACAUUUAAUACAGAUUAUUAGUGUAGACUUAUUUUUUUCUAAAAACUCCUAUUCCACAUUUCUAACUUAUAUAACAUAUUUUUAUUGUUUUAGCACCAGAACAGAUAUUUAAUAAUUUAUGACAAAUGUGAUUUUGGACAUAGGCCAUGUAUUGAUUUAUAUGCAGGCUUCAAUACUUUUAAAACCAAUGAAUUUGUCUUAAUAAAAAUACAUUACUGGUUUUAAUCAUAGAAAAAUUAAAAUAGAGAUGAACUUCACUU